AAGCCUUAAAAGCCAAAACCUUCUACCAUUUCAAUCAUUUUGAUUUUCUUCUCUCUCUCUCUCUCUCUCUGUCUAACUGCUCCUUCAAACCUCGCCGGCCGGCUGUGUCGGUUUGUUUGAUAAGAAUCAAUGGACGUGGAGAAGGAGGUAUUCCUUCAGGAAUUUGGGGAGUCUUAUGGAUAUCCGAACGGUCCCAAAACCAUCGACGAAAUCCGAGCUACUGAAUUCAAACGACUUGACGGUAAGGUAUAUUUGGAUCAUGCUGGAGCAACUUUGUAUUCUGAGUCGCAGAUGGAAGCUAUAUUUAAGAACCUUACUGCUAAUGUUUACGGAAACCCUCACAGCCAAAGUGACACCAGCUCUGCCACUGGUGAUCUUGUAAGGGAAGCCCGACAACAGGUCCUUGACUAUUUCAAAGCAUCCCCAAAAGAGUACAGUUGCAUAUUCACUUCUGGGGCAACUGCAGCGUUGAAGCUGGUAGGGGAGUCCUUUCCAUGGAGCCGUAACAGCUGUUUUAUGUACACAAUGGAGAAUCACAACAGUGUCCUUGGGAUCCGAGAAUAUGCUCUUGAUCAAGGAGCUUCAGCCUUUGCAAUUGAUAUUGAGGAGGAGACUGUGCAUCAUAAAUUAUCCAAUGGCAGUGCCGCAUCUAUGGGGGCGUUGCAGCACCAAGUACAAAGGAGAAAUGAAGCUAGGUUCCCUGAAAAUGAACCAACAGGUAAUGUGUACAACUUGUUUGCAUUCCCCUCCGAGUGCAAUUUCUCAGGUUUGAAAUUCAGCCUGGAUUUGGUGAAGACAAUAAAGAAAGAUUCUAAAAGAAUUUUGGGAGGCUCUCCAUUUUGCAAUGGGCACUGGAUGGUAUUCAUUGAUGCUGCAAAAGGAUGUGCUACAGAACCGCCAGAUUUAUCCCAGUAUCCUGCAGAUUUUGUUUGCGUAUCUUUCUACAAGAUAUUUGGUUAUCCAACUGGACUUGGUGCUCUUCUUGCUCGAAAUGAUGCUGCCAAGCUAUUGAAGAAGACCUAUUUUAGUGGAGGAACAGUAGCCGCCUCAAUUGCUGAUGUCGACUUUGUACAAAGGAGAAAGGCUGUUGAAGAACUGUUUGAGGAUGGAACAAUUUCUUUCUUGAGCAUUGCUUCUAUUUUACAUGGGUUCAGAAUUCUUAAUUCUCUAACUGUUGCCGCUAUAUCCCAGCACACAAAGUCACUUGCCAUAUACGUGAGGAAGAUGCUUUUGUCUCUAGGGCAUGAAAAUGGAGCCAGUGUUUGCAUUAUCUAUGGAUGUCAAGAUUCAAAGGUACUUUACCGUGACUUUGGUCCUGUAAUCUCAUUCAACUUGAAAAGGCCAGAUGGGUCAUGGUAUGGAUAUCGUGAAGUUGAAAAGCUGGCAUCUUUGUCUGGAAUCCAGUUACGGACAGGUUGUUUUUGCAAUCCUGGUGCUUGUGCAAAAUAUCUUGGAUUGUCUCACUUGGAUCUUCUCUCAAAUAUUGAGGCUGGCCAUGUUUGUUGGGAUGAUCAUGACAUACUUAACGGAAAACCAACAGGAGCUGUGAGAGUUUCCUUUGGUUACAUGUCAACAUAUGAAGAUGCCAAGAGUUUUAUUGAUUUUGUGAGAAGAUCCUUUGUAGAAUUGCCGAAUUGCACCGCAAAUGGGUUUCAGUUAAAGCAAGGUCGGGAAAUAAGACCAGCUGCCAGUUUCUAUCUCAAGAAUAUGAUCAUCUAUCCAAUUAAAUCAUGUGGAGGAUUCAGUGUGGAAAGUUGGCCCCUGAGCAGUACUGGUCUGCGUCAUGAUCGCGAAUGGGUACUUACUGGCCUUAGUGGUGAAAUACUUACACAGAAGAAGGUUCCUGACAUGUGCUCUAUAAGUACUUUUAUUGACAUCAAUCAAGGAAUAUUGUUCGUAGAGUCACCACGCUGCAAAGAUAGACUGCACAUCAACCUUAUGUUAGAUUCAUGUAAUAGUGAGAAGGAAGAAAUCCAUAAUCACGGUCAUAGGUAUGAAGUUCUAGGCUACAAUAAUGAAGUCAACACCUGGUUUAGCAAUGCCAUUGGUCGACCAUGCAUUUUGGCACGUUCUUUUAGUUCCAGUUACAAUGGUUGCUUGAAUAAGGGAAAAAAAACAGGGAUAUGCAGAGAUGUCCAGGGCAUACUAAAUUUUGUUAAUGAAGCUCAGCUCUUACUAAUAUCAGAGGAAAGCGUAGCCGACCUUAACAACAGAUUAAGCAAAAAUGCAAAAGAGGGUGCUCAAGGAGCACCAGUUCAAGUCAACCCAAUGAGAUUUCGCCCCAACAUUGUCAUAUCUGGAGGUGAACCAUACGCUGAAGAUGGAUGGAGAAAUAUCAAAAUGGGGAAUAAAUGUUUCACGUCCGUAGGCGGAUGCAAUCGUUGCCAGAUGAUCAACAUUGUUCAAGAUGCUGGACAAACACAGAAGUCAAAUGAACCAUUGGCCACUUUAGCCUCAUACAGAAGAGUCAAGGGAAAGAUCUUGUUCGGAAUACUGCUGAAAUACGAAAGAUGUGAAGAAGAAGAAGGAAAAGAAGUAGUAGAUGGUGACAAUGAUUUGUGGCUUCAAGUGGGACAAGAAGUAUAUCCAGAUUCCUUUCAGCAUCAAGGAAAUUCUAUGGAGCAGCGGUUUUGCAAUCUCAAGAUGAAAUAGGAAAGUUGUGUAGAAAACUUAUAGAAUUGGAAAAUUUCUCAAUACUAGUAUACUCAUGGGGCAACCUGAUACACGUCUGUUGUAACAGGAACUUGUUAAAUAUGUAAUAAUAAGUUGAGAGACAUGACCUUUUUUUUUUUUUUUUUUUUUUUUUGGUUUCUUUUUUAUAUAAAUUGAGGAACAUAUAAUUCGUCUAGCUCUCCUAAGGCGAUUCCAAGCCUUGUUAAUAGUUUUGAAAGCAAGAAAUAAUUUCUAAUGUAAUUGCACCAGUUUAUAAUUUCUCUAUAUCUAAAUAUAAGAAAUUAUUCUAAUU